AUUCGCCAUUGUUGAACUUUUAUUGGCAAUUUCUUUAUCGCGAUACACGUGGCCAAGCGUGAGAAAACUGGUUCUCAAUUCUGGUGGCUUUGCUCCCGCAACACCCGGAGUUGCUUCAGCGAUAAUAGACAAUAAGCAUUAUAAAGAUCAGUUAGAAAAGGACUUACCGCCAACGCCAGAGGGAUACAGUCAAGGAAAUGGGCAUGCCAGUCCAAGCCACAGAACACAUGACAAAACAAAAUAUGUAGCAACAGAAGAUUACACCGGUAGUAUGAACGGCAGUAAUUCUCGUUCUUCAAUCGAGGACGAAAACGAACAGUACCAUCCCGCAAGUGAAGACCCCGAAGCCGAUGCCGUGACUCCCAGACUUACUAAAGAGAGAAAUAUGCUUCAAGUGGAACAAAAUGGUCCAACCAUAUUAUGCGAUUCACCGGUUCCUCCGGAAUUACCAGCUUAUGCACCAAAAGACACACAACAAUGCGAAGAAUCUGUAAAAGAAACAAUCGCAUCUCGUGAAACAGCUCGACACCAUCAACAAACUACGAAUGCUCGCACAACCAACAUAAAAACUUCAGACACAAACGCAGAAACCACAAAGAGUAAUAAUACUUCCUCGGAUUCCAGUAAUCAACAAUUAAGAGUUAAGCCCAAAAAAGUCCUCGGAAAUUACACUCUAACAAAGACUUUAGGUGCAGGUAGUAUGGGAAAGGUCAAAUUAGCAAUACAUUCGUUCACUAAUGAAAAGUUGGCGGUAAAAAUCAUCCCGCGAGUGAAUCCAUCAGACAAAGCUCAAGACGGAAAAGAAAAGGAUCCAUCCAACAAAGAUGAUAAUAAAGAAAUCCGCACUAUUCGUGAAGCUUCGAUCAUGCUUUUACUUCAUCAUCCUUAUAUAGUUCAACUUAAAGAAGUAAUGGCAUUGCCACAUCAUUAUUAUAUGUUCUUUGAAUAUGUUAAUGGUGGUCAAAUGUUAGAUUACAUCAUCAGUCAUGGUAAACUGAAAGAGAAACACGCCAGGAAGUUCGCUAGACAAAUAGCGAGCGCUUUAGAUUAUUGCCACCGUAAUUCCAUAGUACAUCGAGAUUUAAAAAUCGAAAACAUUCUAAUAUCAAAGAGUGGAUCUAUCAAAAUAAUCGACUUUGGAUUAUCCAAUCUCUAUUCUCCGCGUUCCCAUUUGUCCACUUUUUGUGGUUCGCUCUACUUUGCAGCUCCAGAACUACUAAAUGCUAAAUUAUACACUGGUCCGGAAGUUGAUGUCUGGAGUUUCGGGAUUGUCCUUUAUGUUCUAGUUUGCGGUAAAGUACCCUUCGAUGAUCAAAGCAUGCCUGCUUUACACGCAAAAAUCAAACGAGGUGUUGUUGAAUAUCCCGGGUGGUUGAGUAGUGAUUGUAAGAACAUUCUUUCGAAAAUGCUUGUAACCAAUCCUAUGAAUCGUGCUACACUUGCCGAAGUACUGAAUCAUCCGUGGAUGAACAAAGGUUAUGAAGGUCCACCAGAAAACUAUUUGCCACCACGGAGUCCGCUUAUACUUCCCUUAGAUUCCGAAGUAAUUCGCAGAAUGACCGGCUUUGAAUUUGGUACAGAGCAAGAAAUCAAAAAACGCUUAGAAAGUAUCAUCAAAAGUGAUUCCUAUCAAAGUUCAAUUAAAACUCAAAACUUCGGUCACGGAUUUUCUGAUAAUAGGAAAAGAGGCAGUGGUUUCGAUUAUUACCGUAAAAAAUUAUCGGGCUCGAAUAGCUCAAUUCACGAGGACAAAUCUAUUACAGCAGACCCAACUCAAGCAGUUCACCCACUAAUUUCAAUCUAUUACCUUGUAAAGGAAAAGAUCGAGAGGGAACGUCUAAUACAACAAGGAGGUAUUCCUCGGUUUGGUUCAUCAUCCUCUCUUUCCGAGACAAACAGUAGCUUAAAUAUACCCCACGUCUCCGUACCUGAUCCUUCACACCUAGGUGAUGCCGGAUUUGAUAUAUCAUCAUCCACAAACCCUAACGGUUCAGUGGUUAGGCGUGCAACUGUUCCUGCCGGAACUAGACCCCGUGCACGAACGAGCGGGGAGGAAGAAUUAACUAAUAUGGUGUCAGUUGACGAAGGGGACAUCCCUGAGGAAACCAUCAAUGAUGUUAAUGAUGAAUUGAAUUAUGGAAGAAAAAGCAAUGAACAACAGACAAGUGGUAAUAAUUCUGGCGGAGGACUAAUAAAACGUUUGAGUUUAGCUAUUGUUGGCACUCCACGCGAAUCCAUUUCACCGCCCAUCUCUCCAACCUCAACAGUGUCUCCAAGAAGUCCCUCGGAACACCGACGCCAUGGAUCCACGCCCAAUGGGCCUAAAAGGGAAGGUUCUAAUAAUUUCUCCCACAGGUUCUCACACAUGUUAUCUAGAGCAACAUCAGUAUCUGAAGCAGACUAUAGACGCCACCGACAGAGAAAUUCUGUUGGAAAUAAUCGACAUUCUCAUGUGCCAAGUGGGAGUAGUGCGGGUAGAAGUCCUACUGCAAAAGCUCCUGUUGGUGCUUUGCCUCAAUUGAUUGAGCCGUCAACAAAUAAUGCGCAAUCCGUUCUUCCAUCACCAACCACGAAUCCGGCGCGUUCUAUCCACCAACGAAGUACCUCCGGCGGAAAUCAAAUGUCCAUCAAUGUACCACCUCUUAAAACACAACGCAAGACCGAAAACGAUUUCAAUUUUCCACCGUCAGCGUCUCCACAUUCUCCUUUACCUGGUGGUACCGCAGAUUCUUGGAUUCGACCGGUUUAUUUAAAAGGUUUAUUUAGCGUAGCGACAACUUCUACAAAGCACCCAUCGGUUAUUAGGCUAGAUCUUAUAAGGGUUCUAAAUCGAAUUGGUGUAAAAUGGCGUGAAGGCCGGGGAGGUUUUGAAUGUGUUCAUAUACCAAGCAUAGAUCUAAAAUCAGUCGUAAAUUCCAAUCAUCCAAAUGGUGGAAAGGGUGAUCAACAAAUAAUCAACCAUCAUCACGCUCAUUUCAAUCGACACGAACGUAGAGACAGUCAUUCAUCUGGAAAUUCUGCUGCCUCUACUUCCUCAUCAAUUUCGUAUAGGGACAGUUAUGCACAGGGUCAGGAUCUUCAUUUUUCAGCUGAUGGUGAAGUUCGACUUUCGUUAUCAUCCGCCGUUAAUAGGUAUAGUGACAAUCAAUCUUCUAACCACAGCAAUAGUGGUGAUGCAACUGCUAAUGUCACAGAGCUUGUUGUGCGAUUCGAGAUUUUUAUUGUAAAAGUUCCGUUAUUGCUCGGUGUUCAUGGAUUACAGUUCCGUAGGGUUGCGGGUGAUCCGUGGCAAUACAAAAAUAUGUGUUCGAAAAUUCUGGGAGAGCUGAAAUUGUAG